AAGGAGAGUAAUUUAGUGAUGCGUUUAAUAUGAAUUUAUCCGAGCAAAUACAUCAUAUUCUACAUCGAUGUAGAAGAGGAUCUCAUCGGAAAAGUUUAAUAAAAUGGUUAAUCAAGAAGAGACUGCUUCACAGUGCACCGGUCUGCGGCGUUUGUGGAAAGAAACUCAAACUUACCAAUCACAAGUGCAACGAUGGCUAUAUAUGGAUGUGCAGGAGGAAAGAGUCAUCACAAAGUUUCAUCAUCAGUAAGAAAAGGUUCACUUUUCAGCCAAAGUAGAGUACAACUUGUGAAAUGGUUGGAAUUCAUUUACCGAUUUGCACAAGGUCUCCAACUCAGGCAAAUUGACCAUGUUAGAGGAUCAGAUAGCCAGAAGUUCAAGAACUCUGUCACGAAUGACACAUGCACUUAGGAAGGUAUGCACAGGUGCACUACAGAAACUGAGAAGCAGAUCUGGUCUCACAGUUGGUGGAAACUCAAGACGCAAGUUUGUUUCUAUUGAUGAGUCAAAGUUUGCUCAUAAAAGGAAGUAUAACCGUGGUCGUUUUCGAACUACAUGGAGAAGAAACAACUGGGUUUUUGGAAUACUGGAAAUGAAGGGUUAUAGACGUUUGCCCAUUUUGAAGAUUGUCAAAAACCGCUCAAGAAAAACUCUCAUACCCAUUAUCAGAAGGCAUGUGAGAAGAGGAUCCACCGUUUUCAGUGACUGCUGGAGAGCAUAUGCUCAGGCUCUUCCUAGACAUGGAUACAGGCAUUUUACUGUAAACCAUUCAGAAAACUUUGUUGAUCCAAUUACUGGUUGCCAUACACAGCACAUCGAGCGUGCAUGGCAAAGCAUCAAGUCGCAGGUUAACAAGCACAGAGGCAACAAAAGCACUCAGCUCUUGAAAGAACAUUUAAGAUGUAUUCAGUGGUAUCAUUGGUUGGGCAAACGAAACAGAAAAGGAGUAAUUGCUCAACUCUUUCAUGACAUAAGAAAGGAUUUCAAAAUCCAUUAAU